AACCUCAACCACUGGGCUAGCGGUUGGACGGACUGGAACCUAGCUUUAGAUACACAAGGAGGCCCCAACUGGGCUAAAUACUUCGUCGACUCGCCUAUCAUCGUGAACGCCACAGCUCAGGAGUUCUACAAGCAGCCAAUGUACUAUGCUUUAGGCCACUUCAGUAAAUUCAUCCCAAGAGGCAGUGUCAAGGUGGACGCGCGUAUGAAGGAAGCUUCAGAAAACCUCGAGUACGCAGCUUUCAUGACUCCAGCAUCUGAAAUCGUUGUGAUCAUCCUCAACAAGGGUGACAAAUCUGUCAAGCUCAGAAUCAACGAGGCGUCUGGCAUGGCCAGCAUCCAGUACAGCAUCUACGAACGGUCGAUAACAACGUUUAUAUGGAAGAACGAGAAGCAGGCACAAUUUGAGUCUAAUCUAUAACAAAGCUUCCAAAUAAACAAGACAAUAGGACAGUUUUUAUAGUUAAAGUAGAAACUUCCUUUAACAGUGACUCAUCACUACCGUCGCGACACAAAUAUUGCCCAUAGCUAUAGGGCCUGACUUGUCUGUAGUCGGAUCUUACACCUUGUCGUAGUGACCGUCAAUUUCGACAUAACAACACUUUCUGUCGGUAACCGGACGUUACGUUGUCGUGAAGCUCGACAGAAAUGUGAACACAAAUAA